UUACAUGAGUAUAAAACUGUCUUUAUAGUGACAUAAAUGAUGUAAUUGGAACCACUCCAGCUUUUAAUGGUUCUUCAGGCUUGGUACAGGAGAACACACACACACACACACACACACACACACACACCAUAGGAUUUUAACACCUCCUACUUGACUCCGAGCGGCAGGCUGGGCUGUUACCUGGUUACAGGCGAGAGCCGCUGAGACCUGCGCGCAGUUCUCAUGUGGCGCUGGUGACUUUGGGUGCAUCAGUCGGUGCGCGAACACACGCAGGAAAAAGCUCAGCAGGCGCGGACGGUUUUCACGGCUGAGGAUGAGAAUAAAACACGUCCCGACGGGGAAUAAACGAAGCGCGGCCGCUCUUCUCGCGUUGUUUCAUCGUUAGAACCUAAAUCACACCGGCCGGGACCGGGCUGGCCUGAAAAAGUCUCACCUUAAAGAACAGAUGGGUGAGAGCUGAGACACCAGAAGGACAAAGAGCUCGUCGCGGGUGUCGCCUCGCUUCGCGGGCCGGAGACGAUGGAUGAAAUGUGGGAGAACGGGAGCUUAGCCAGCCCCUCGCCUGGCCUCCCCCUUUUCCUGCUCAUGUUCAACGACAGCAGUCUGAAUGAGACGCUGUUCAACUCCACCAACUCCACUGGCCCAGAUGCCUCCUCGGGUCCCAGCGUGGAAGGAGUCCUCAUCCCACUCAUAUACAUAAUCGUCUGCAUCAUCGGCCUGGGCGGAAACACUCUGGUGAUUCACAUUGUGUUGCACUACUCAAAGAUAGAAUCAGUGACCAACAUCUACAUCCUCAACUUGGCCAUCGCUGAUGAGCUCUUCAUGCUGGGGCUGCCUUUCCUGGCGGUUCAGAACACCCUCCAGCUGUGGCCGUUUGGCUCCUUCAUGUGCCGUCUGGUCAUGACUGUCGACUCCAUCAACCAGUUCACCAGCAUCUUCUGCCUGACCGUAAUGAGCAUCGAUCGCUACCUCGCUGUAGUCCACCCCAUUCGCUCUUCAAAGUGGCGGCGCCCUCAGGUGGCCAAAGUGGUGAAUGGCACUGUCUGGGCUCUGUCGUUUCUUGUUGUUCUGCCUGUGGUCAUCUUUGCCAACAUCCAGAAGGCGGGAGGUACCUGCAACAUUGCUUGGCCCCAGCCGGCUAACAUCUGGCGGGCGGCGUUCAUCAUUUACACAUCCACCGUCGGAUUCUUCUGCCCCCUUCUGAUCAUCUGCCUCUGCUACCUUCUCAUCGUCUUCAAGAUCCGCAGCUCGGGCAAAAAGGUCCACGCCACCUCAACCAAGCGAAGGAAGUCGGAGAGAAAAGUGACACGCAUGGUUGUGAUCGUCGUUGCCGUGUUUGUCUUCUGCUGGCUGCCUUUCUACGCCCUCAACAUCAUCAACCUGCUGGUGUCCCUGCCCACAGAUUACAACGGUCUUUACUAUUUUGUCGUAGUGCUCGGCUAUGCUAACAGCUGCGCCAACCCCAUCGUCUACGGCUUCCUGUCGGACAACUUCAAGAGGGGUUUCCGGAAAGCCCUGUGCCGCUCCACGAGGAGGGUGGAAAACCACGAGCCCAUGGAGCGCCAGCAGCAGCAGGAGGAGGGGAGGACGGCGCUCAUGCCCAGGGAGAGCCUGAGACGGGCAAUCAGGGAUGAAGAGGACGAGGAGGAGGAAGACGUCUCAGAAAUGACUGAGAUCUACAGAAUCGCCCAAAAUGGCAACAGCAGCUUCCAGCCACAGAGCUCACAGCCGCUGUUCUCAGAAAGGGGGGCGACUCCAGGAGCUACAGAGCCAUCGUCCCCGGACAGGAAGGACAAGUCUGGGGACGCGAAGGGGAAGGAUCAAGUCAACGGGUCCACUCUGACUGUACCGUUGCUGCUCAAUGGAACCAAAAACGGGAACAUUAAAACUCUGCCAGAGGAAAAGCUGGAGCAGAGCACCUCACUGGAGAUAAGUUACUUAUAAUGUAAAAUAUGGCUUGUAUGUUACUUGAAAUGAACUCAGUAUUACAACACAGGGUAGCCUGCCUCGAGUCCACAGCACGGAGAUGUUUGUAACGGAGCACAAAAUCCAUUAAAAAAAACAAACAAACAUACUGAACACUUAAGAGAACUGAGACGGGCCUUUUUCUGCUAUUUUUGAUCAAUGGACUCAAAGUUUCUUUAGCAUUUGGAGGAGUUGUGUACAAGCGUACAGAAUGUAUUUAUACUGUGUACAUAUGCAUGGCUGGAUGUACAGAGUUGUGCCUUUAUUUAAAUUUAUCACAUGUAUCUUACUGAUCGUUGUGCUUGUUGUUUAUUUCAUAAUGUGACGACCAUUUGUUUGAAUUUGACUUGUAUUUAAGCUUUAGUCAGCAUUCACUGCAACCAUAUACACGUCAGCUAAACGCUGACGGCACGACGACGACUUUAUGUUAGAUAGGAAUCCCACGUGUGCAGAACCUUCGCCUGCUAUGUUUAUAUACUGCUGCUUAGUUAUGUUUUAAAAAGAAUGUAACAACCGGCCUCAUGCAAGAACACUCUUAUCCAAAACAUCUCUUACUUUUCUUCUCUGAGGUUUGUGCCAAGUCAGACUCAGCAAACUUGUUGCAAAUUUCUUGUCGCUUCAGUCUAAUAAACAGCAGCUGCUGAAG